GCGGCGCAUCCGGUCACGUGCGCUCGCGGUGCCGGCGCGGCGCGAUGCGGGUGAAGGUGCUGAGCCGCAACCCCGAUGACUACGUGCGGGAGACCAAGCUGGACCUGCAGCGAGUUCCAAGGAACUAUGACCCUGCAUUGCAUCCAUUUGAGGUUGCACGAGAGUACACAAGAGCUCUGAACGCCACAAAGCUAGAACGUGUGUUUGCAAAACCCUUUCUUAGUUCACUUGAUGGCCACAGAGAUGGAGUUAAUUGCAUGGCCAAACAUCCAAAAAGUUUGUCUACUGUGCUGUCUGGAGCCUGUGAUGGAGAGGUUAAGAUUUGGAACUUGACCAAACGACAGUGUAUCCGCACAAUACAAGCCCACGAAGGCUUUGUUCGAGGCAUGUGUGCCCGUUUCUGUGGCACAUCAUUCUUCACUGUUGGUGAUGACAAAACCAUAAAACAGUGGAAAAUGGAGAGUCCAGAAUAUGGAGAAGAAGAAGAACCUAUUCAUACAAUUCUUGGAAAGACAGUGUAUACAGGAAUUGAUCACCACUGGAAGGAGCCUGUUUUUGCUACCUGUGGCCAUCAAGUGGACAUUUGGGAUGAACAAAGGACAAGCCCCAAGUGUUCUCUGACUUGGGGUUUUGAUAGCAUAAGCAGUGUAAAAUUUAAUCCCAUUGAGACUUACCUUAUGGGAAGCUGUGCUUCUGACAGAAAUAUUGUGCUGUAUGAUAUGAGAAAAUCAACUCCAUUAAAGAAGGUUAUCUUGAACAUGAGGACAAAUACACUGUGUUGGAACCCUAUGGAAGCUUUCAUUUUUACUGCAGCCAAUGAAGAUUACAACUUAUAUACUUUUGAUAUGCGCUUUCUUGAAUCGCCUGUGAUGGUGCACAUGGAUCAUGUGUCUGCUGUCCUUGACGUGGAUUAUUCACCCACUGGGAAAGAAUUUGUGUCUGCCAGCUUUGACAAGUCCAUCCGCAUUUUUCCUGUAGACAAAGGUCACAGCAGGGAGGUUUAUCAUACCAAACGAAUGCAGCACGUCAUCACCGUAAAAUGGACUUCAGAUAACAAAUACAUUCUGUGUGGCUCAGAUGAGAUGAAUAUUCGCCUGUGGAAAGCUAAUGCCUCUGAAAAACUGGGAGUGCUUGCACCCCGAGAGAAGGCAGCCAUGAAUUACAAUCAGAAGCUGAAGGAGAAGUUCCAGUUCCACCCCCAGAUCCGGCGCAUAGCUCAGCACCGGCACCUGCCCAAGAGCAUCUACUGCCAGAUCAAGGAGCAGCGCAUCAUGAGGGAGGCUCGGCGCCGCAAGGAACUGAAUCGUCGUAAGCACAGCAAGCCAGGAUCUGUGCCCUUCGUGCCAGAGAGGAAGAAGCAUAUUGUGGCAGUAGUGAAAUAAUUGUUUUCACAUGUACAAAAUGCCACAAUGAAAGAAAAAUGUCACUAUUAAAAUAAUACACUGUACAAAAUUUGAUGGACUUUGGUAAGACAGCAUGUGCUUCCAGAAACAUGACUUUUCUUCCAAGUUUGUUCAUCCUCUGACUUCUCAAGUCAUCAUCUGUUUUGAGUAGUUAUGAAAAUUUCCCCUGUAAUAUUUUUUGCCAUUUGUCUGAUUUUACUGGCCCAACACUGCAUAUUGCAGUGGAGUUUGACCCUUUUGAUACAAGCAGAUAACUUGGUGGAGAAUAUCUGUAAUUCUAGUUCUAUGCAUUGGUACUGUUACUACAAAAAGAGGAUAAAAUAGGUUAAUACUUGUCAAAGCAAAAAAAACCUGCUCCAUAAAGAGUUACAAAAUUAUUGUCCUUAUGCUGUCCUUUUUUAAAAUUUUUAUUUAAACAAAUUUAAUAAAGCGAUCUUAAGCAAUGGA